AGCUCCGUAGAUUUCCCACAUGCACCCGGAAGAACCAAAAAUCAAGAACUCGUUUCGACUUUUAGAUAGAAAAACUUUAAAUUUUAAAUUUAGAGAGGACAAAAAUGAUUGUCCACAGAUAUUGAACAGUAUCGUCAGUUUGUGUUGUGUAAUAAUCAAUUGAUUUUCUGGUUCAUUUUAGCUGGCGUGCUGGUUUCCCGUUUACUCCUGUGCAGAAACCUACUUAAGAUUGUUAGUAUGCAUAAUGUAUGUUGGGUGCUUUUGUGAAGGCGAACCUUAAGAUGUCAACAUGUCAGCUUGGAAACCUCUGCCCCUGAACAUAAAAUCCCAGAACAGUCUUGCCGCAAAGGGUUUCCGCAGCGUAAGGCCAAAAUUCCUCACAUGUGACAGGAAGCCAGCGCUCCAGCAAAAUGGGAAGGUGGACACCAAAGAGAGAAAUGACAACACACGUACAGAAGAUUGCCUCUCUUCACAUCUACCAAACCAAGAGACACCUUCGAUGAGAGCUCAGUCAAGCAUCCCACGUGAUAAUGAAACAGACUUCAAGGACAAAGAAGUUAAUACAUCUGAUUCAGAAAUGGACCUCCACCCAGUCUACAAAAUCACGCUUCAAACUGCGGGACAACAGAUGACCACUGCCAAUGUUUUACCUGCUACUUCUGCAAUAACUUCAGAAAAGGGAGCCUCGUCUUUAAUAACAGAAAAAGUUCCAUCUGAAGUUAUGCCAAAGGCCUGGUACAUAUCAAUGUUUAAAGAUGAUCACACCAUACAAAAGGCAGAUGAUGAUGGAUGGUCUUCUAAUACCGAGGCCAGGCUGGAACCUAACGCAACUAAACAGUCCUUUCCCAGCUCUGCCGUAGUUCUUACAUCAAGGUUAACAGAACCAUUUCCCUACAAUUCAACAACCAAGGACAAGUGUACAAUCAAAAUGCCAUUUCUGUCAGACCCACAGCGCAAUUCUGAUGAUGAAAUGCAAAACUGUAACACUCAGUCGCAGUGUCUACAGCCUAAAUCUUCAGAUGCCCAAAGAGACCAAAAUGGUUCCAAUCCCUUAUCAGCCAACUCUCUUGAUAGUACGGGUUGGAAUUGCCAAAACUACGCCCCUUCCAGCGAUCGUCAGCAUACAAGCUCCAUGGAAAUAUUGUCUAGUUCGCUGACAGCAAAAGAACUUCAUCCACAUUUUUCGACUACAGCCAAUCCAGAAAAGAAUGACUGGGCGCUUCACAUGGGAAACAUCGAUACCUGCAGCGGUCACGCUGAAGCAGGGAAUGUGCGUGUUUAUGAGGGUGGAAAGUCAUCUGUUUCACAUCAUAGUUGCCAAUUUCAGACAUCGACACAAAAUGCAACAUCAGUGGAUUCAGUUCUACAUAGGACUGGAUCAGUCCCGGCAUUAGAAGCAACAACCAGACAUCUGACUAUCCUAGAUCCUGUACGACACACAAGCCCAGGCACAGAUACAGACCCAUGCUCGGAAAUCAGGCGUGACUCAACUAAUCUCAAUUCAGUAGACAUCGAAAAUGAUACCAAUCUGAACCGUGAGAACCAAAAGCAAAAACGACAAGAGGAGAUAUCUGAUCCAGAACAUCAACGGAAUAUGGAAUGGAUUACACGAGCAAAAUAUGACUUCCAUGGUCAAACGUCAAAGGAACUGGCUGUCAAAAAGGGAGACUCGGUCUUUAUCCACAGACAGAGAGAUAACAACUGGUUUGUGGCCGAAUGCAAAGGAAACAGAGGCUUGCUCCCAGUUUGCUAUGUGGAGUCCCCUUCUGAGUUUCAACCGCACGGAAAUACUAUCGAUGAAGUUGCAGUUGCCAAAUUCAGAUUCGCGGCUUUGACGAACAUAGAGUUGCCGCUUGAAAAGAAUCAGAUGGUAAUUUUGCUCCGGAGAAUAGAUGAGAACUGGUACGAAGGAAAGGCCCCUGGGACAGAUCGGAAGGGGAUAUUUCCUGUCACAUAUGUUGAAGUGAUUGGAAAACAACCAGGUGAUCACAUGUGCCACCGAGAUCACACGCCAACACCUGCAAGUCAUUUGAAUACAGAGGUGGCUUCACAGAGGUCUUUACAUCAGCUUCAUCAAAGAAGAGUGAAUUAUGACAACGCUCAGCUUGGUGAAGAAAUAUACUUGGCUUUAUAUUCAUUUGUCCCUAAGAAGCUCGAUGAGCUGGAGCUCAGACAAGGAGACCACGUUAAAGUUAUUAAAAAAUGCGAUGAUGGAUGGUACUUGGGUACAUCUAUAAGAACCAAGAAGUUUGGCACCUUCCCAGGAAAUUAUGUGCGAAAAUUUGAGUCGGUUUAAUAACCAUUAACCAAGUUACAGACUGUAUUAGGAAAUGCUUUAAAAUAGCCCGGAAAUGGAAAGAAUGUCCAAUCUGUAAUGACGAUCAAAAUGACAAUGGUCAAAUUAAAUUGACUGGAAUUUC